AUGGGGCAUCAAUGGCACAAUAUAAAGAAUUUACCCACUGUGGCUGCUCUGAUUAUUAUUUGGAUAAAUGGAUUGGACCUCAAUUGGGGAAUGGGGGAUCGAUGGCACAAUAUAAAGAAUUUGCCCACCAUAGCUGCUCCGAUUAUUGUUUGGAUAUUUAUAUGUGAUCCAGUUUUGAUAUACUUUAGGUUUACGCAUGAUGUGGGACGUAGCAACUCGAAAGAUCCUGGAAAUCAGCGCGAGGCUUCUGCGCUCCGUGAUGAACUUGACAUGCUACAAGAAGAGAAUGAAGUAAUUCUAGAUAAGCUUCGUCGUGCAGAAGAAAAACGCGAAGAAGCGGAGGCCAGAGCCAGAGAGCUAGAGAAACAGGUUGCUUCCCUGGGAGAAGGUGUAUCCUUGGAAGCUAAAUUGUUGAGCCGGAAGGAAGCAGCUCUACGUCAAAGAGAGGCUGCUCUCAUAGCUGCCAAACAGACGAAGGAUGGUAGAGAUGAAGAAAUUUCAGCCCUUCGUGUAAAACUUCAGAACUUAAAAGAGGAUGCUGGUAAUGCUGUGGAACAGCUUCAUGAAGUUGAAUCUGAAGCAAAAGCCCUUCGAACGAUGACACAGAGAAUGAUUUUGACGCACGAAGAGAUGGAGGAGGUUGUUCUAAAGAGGUGUUGGCUUGCUCGUUACUGGACCUUAGCAUCACGUUAUGGAAUCUGUGCAGAUAUUGCAGUCUCAAAGUACGAGCACUGGUCAUCCCUAGCGCCUCUGCCCUUCGAGGUUGUCACUUCUGCCGGACAGAAGGCGAGAGAGGAAACCUGGGAUGGUGGAGAUGAUUCAGAUCGGAGCAAACUUGUACAUGAUUUAAACAAUUUAACUGGGGAAGGAAAUAUCGAGAGUAUGCUUUCGGUUGAAAUGGGUUUGAGGGAAUUAGCUUCUUUGAAGGUUGAGGAUGCUGUUGUGCUCGCAUUGGCUCAAAACAGACGUUCAACUUUGGUUCGGCAAUCGUUGUCUGAUCCUAAGCCAUCUGGAGAUCCCAAUUUCAUGGUGUUAUCUGAAUUAAGUCAAGAGGAGUCGGAAGAUGUUCUUUUCAAGGAGGUCCGCUCUUUAGUUACAUGCCAACUAAUACUUGUUUCUCUGUAUUACAAUAGCUCUUUAGACAUGCCAACUAAUACUUUGUCCUGUUACCAACCUUUCAUAAAUGCGGUUUCCCACCAAUUUGCGAUCCUAAAGGUUGGACUUGAAAGUAAUUUUCCUCCCACUGUGGAAAGGAUUCUUCUAGGAUUAGGAAUUCUGUUUUCCUCGUUUAAGGAAAAGAAAUGUCUAAAUCUUCUGAAAAUAUCACAAGCUUAUGAUUUUUCUCGUAUCUUUUUUUGGUGCAAAAGGUCAUAUCGUUAUGUUACAGUUGAAAGAGGUUUGACGGAGCUGAGGAAAUUGAGCAUAGAACAGCAGCUGUGGGAGGCAUCCCGAAAAGAGAUUGGCCUACCGUCUAUUGCCAAUGGCAAACCAGCUCCAGAAUCAGAAAGCUCGCCUUAAUAGAUUUUAAGCCAAUCAGUUUGUUUCGUUCUUCCUUUUUCUUGAUCCUACAAGAUUAUUUCGUUAGAUUCUGCAAGUUUUUGAUACCCGGAACAAAGUUUCAAAUAUGUAAUUAAGCCUUUUGUAUGAUAGAUCAAAUGGUAGAAAAUUUGAUUGAUUGCCAUGUAUUUGGGAUUUUGAAAACGCAUCUGGUUUCCAGUUAUAUGAGCUUUGUGACAAAGAAAAUUCCAUUUUUACCCA